AUGCGGCCUGUCGAGACUGCCAGGCCGCGCCGCCCAUCAGCUGCCAGGGGGCAUAGGGAGGCUUCCUUUGCUCUCCCGCCCCCUCCCACCAGAUCGAGAAAGAUCAUCCAAAUGAACCCUCGACAAGGGGCAGCGACCGCAGCCAAGGCGGCUGCCAGCGCCACAGGGACCGACAAAGGAAAGAAGAAGCAGCCCAACUCUACGAGUGCGGCGGGCCGCAAGAUUGCGAGAAAAACCGCCCACAGCUUGAUUGAGAGGAGAAGGCGCAGUAAGAUGAACGAAGAGUUUGCCGUGCUUAAAGGCAUGAUCCCGGCAUGCACGGGAGAGAUGCACAAGCUGGCCAUUCUACAGGCCUCUAUUGACUACGUGCGCUAUUUGGAGGAUUGUGUGGACAAGCUCAAGGCCCAGUACGACGAGGAUCAGGACCGCGGAGAUUCGACUCAUGACCCUCUGCCCCCUAUCCGCGACUUUCACCCUACCUUGCGCGAGGACCCAGCGGUCGGUGAAGCUGAAAUGACGGACUCGGACAUGGCGUCGCCAGAACUGGCAGACAACCACGACAGACACAGCCAGCCUUCCAUCUCGCCAGCUCUGCUCGCGCAGGACCAUCAUCAUCGACGAUUCUCGCACUUUUUCACCUCGACGGACCUCGGACACUACGGCUACAGCAGCUCGGCAGAAUCAACACUUACAAGCCCGAUUCUACUUCAAAACGAUUUCGACCAUGAAGCCUCGGCGGCGCUUUUGAUGCUCAACAAAGAUAGACGGGGCCCGCCCGCCCGUGGACGGGGCCUGUCGGUGCGCGAUCUGCUCACCACUUGA